AUGCCCUGGGCUUACUGUGGGGCCCACCACUUGGGGCAGGAUGAGGUCAAGGAGCACUCUCUCCAUGGGGCACGCACCAGGUUAGACAGGCUCAGGCUGCGCUCUGCAGUGGUCCAGAUGUCCAAGAUAUAUUGUGGGCAGAAGGCAGACACACCAGGCAGCAGCCGGACUGGGGAGUGUGAACCAGGCCAGGAGUCUGCAGGGAGCUUUGGAGGCAGCAGCAAUCCUAAUGCAAUCACACAUGCACUUCCCCGCUCAGCCAUGACCCCUACACUCACCUCAGAAAUGCAGAUUCCAGGCCCCUCUCAGACAAAUGAAUCAGAAAUGCUGGUGGUGCUGCCCCGCAGCCCGGUUUCAGCAAGUCCCCUAGAGGUUCUGCAUCCCUUGAUGUUUGAGGAUAGGCCACUGCAUCAGAUGUACUGGGGGAGCCUCAGGGAGUGUGAGGAAGCAGAAGCCUGUGUCCCAUUGAGAAGAAAGGUGUGCGGUGGCAGAAUGUCUAUUGACGUACACGCCCUGAAGAAGAAGCUCAGCAGGGCAGCCUGUGACCCAGUGACCUGCGCCAUCCUGGGCAGCCUGCUACUGUAUGUCUCGGGCCACCAAGACGGGCCCCCGGGGGCUGGGGGCAGCAGGCCCAGACGCCAGCCAGAGGCCCAGGAGACUGUCCGGCGACCUACACGCUUCCAGCUCCUUCAGGCCAAGUUCCUGGGUACUGGACGGGAGCCCCCCCUCAAGAGGACACGGGAGGUGGGCAGGCUGAUUCUCAAGGACAGGCAUGGGCCCAGCCGGAGCCUGGUGAGUGCUACCAUCAGCAAGCUCCUGGACAAGGUCCAGGGGAGGGCUGGCGGCCUGAGCCAAGGUCCCCCCAGCGAGAAGCCCCGGUGGGGGUCCCCUGCCGGGAAAAGCACUGUGAAAAACAUCCUGAAGAAGUUCUUGGCUGCAGAGGAGAAGGCUGCGAAGGAGAGAGAGGCAAGCGAGAAGCCCCCGGCACAGGGGCUCAAAGCCCCCAGGGGCCUCCUGCCCAAGAUCACAGGCAGGAACUCUGUCCUAUCCAGACUGCGUGAGAAGUUCGAGCAGAGCGGCUGCCUGUGCUCAGAGGUUGGGGUGCUGCCGCUCCGCACGGACACGAGGAAGAAAAAGAACCUGCAGAGGAGGAAGAUGCACAGGCCGGAGGUGCGGGUGCUGCACACGGCCACCAUGGCCAGCACCUGCGUCAGAACACCCCCUGCCUGGUUUCUGGCCUGCACAGCCGAUCCCCUGCCAGCCUUCAGCAUCGCUACCAUCACCUGCGGCCCCCGGAGCUGGCUGUCCCACUGCACUAAGAUCAGUCACUCGGACACCAGGCACCAUCCCCAAGGAGAAACCAGGCUGCUCCCUGACACAGGGGAAGCAGAGCCCGGUGGAGACAAAGCACAUGGGAAGGGGCCCCUUCAGAAGGAGCCUAAAGAACAGCCAGAGCCCUCAAGGCCUGGGACGGUAGCUCAGAGAGGCAGCCACACUGCUGUGCACGUGCCACUACCCUGUGCAGGGCUGGGGCAGGUAUCAAGGCUGGACUCGCCUCAUGCUCCUGGCCACAUGCCUGCAUUGUCCCCACUGGAGUUGGCCACCCCAGAAGGUGCCAGUUCAGCCAGAGAUGACAGGACAGUGGGCAGCACAGCAGGGAGUGCUGUAGAUAGCACCCGGGAAGUGGGGGGAGUGAGAGCUGCCGGGUCUGCAGGGCCCCCGGGGGAGGGUGCAGCAGCAGUUCCCGAAAUCACCAUGACUGUUUGCAGCUCAGAGGAUGAGAUGGAAAUCGUGAUGCCAAACUCAGAAAGAGACCCCUUCUUUGCCACCCAAAAGUAUUUCCCAGAACAGAAAGGGCCGGAGCACAUCCCACCGCUCUACAUGCCAGCGGUCCAGGCUGCUUGGAGGGCACAGCCUGCUGUGGAGCCCCCGCGGAUCACUAUGCAGCGUCCCCUUGUCCAUGUGAUGCCCCUUGGCCCUGCCUCUCUAUACAACACAUCUCCUUGCAAAGACACACCUUCUUGUGUUCUGGGAGGAGAAAGUGCAGUAGAAAAUGCACACAUAGUGUUUCCCACUGUGACUGAGAACAAAGGGGUUCGGAGAGACGCAGAGGAACCCAGAGAGCCUGUCAUGACACCAGCGGGACUUGAAGCUUCUUCCACACAGGGGGCACAGGCAAACCUGAAUUCUGCACCACUGAGAGAUGCUGCCAGGGCUGACAGCAGCACCCCAGCGACAGUUACGGUGCUGAGACCCCCUAAAAAUCCACCUGGUGGAAAGGAAAACAAAUACAGCUUUGAGAAUUCCAAUUAUCUCAAGGGUCACAAGGGUGUUGCCAGAGAGAACAUUUCUGAGCCCCAUGGUGAGCUGCACCAGCUGCCAGAGUCAAACGCAGCCCCAAAGCACAAUAAGGCCACCUGGUCAGAUGAUCCCACAGCAUGGAAAACAAACCCCAGUGGCACCUCUGGCAGUCAGCUCUCACUGUCUGCCAGCAAGGGAAACAUGAUGGGCGCCCCAGUACUGUUGGCGGCCCCAUCCAGGGAAUGCGUCAAGUCUGAGGGUUUUACCACACCAGACUCAAGCCUCCCCCACAAGAAAGAACAUCAAAGGCCACAAUUAGCAGGGCCUGUGCAGCCCCUAAUGAUUGCUGAAGGAAACGCCAGCCCUGAGUUUGGCAAGAAUAGACUGUCAUCCUCAGAUGAACAACCCAAACCAAGCAUCAAAGGCCUCAGCAAGAUGACAGGUGCAGACAGCAUGCUGGGUCACACAUCAGUGUCACCAGGGGAUGGCCAGCACCCAGAGUACAAUGUGGAUGAAGAAAGGUGUGGACAACCAGCAACGAGUCUUUGUGUGGCCGAAGGGAGCAGCAUUAUGGGACAGCGUCUCCCAGGGGAACCGAGCCACCUACAUCUCCGGGCGCAGUCUGGAUCCGCAGAGCACAGGGGCGAAAGCAGCAGCCCCGCAGGCCAGGCCCCCCACACAGAAGGAGCUGCCCACCCCUCUCGACUAGGUGCCUCCCGCAAGCUGGCAGCAAGAGGAGCUCACACAGCAGUAGGAGGCAACGAGGCCAGAGCCAUGGGAGCAGACCCUGCAGGCCACAGCACAGGGGCCAGGGGACAAUGCCCAGCAGGGUGGAGCCUCAGACUGGCAAGGCCGCAGUCAUCGCCUUCUGUGCCCCAGCAGGCCAUCCAGUCAGAAAAGUGGCUUCCUUCAUGGGCAGAGCUCGCCCACCCACCUCCCAUGGAGCCAUCCACAGAGGGUGACAUCCAGCAGGCAGGGAGGGCCCAGGCACACAAGCCCCCUGACCUCCCAGCCCCCCAGGUCCCUGUCUGGGGCACUCUGAAGGCCCAGAGCCUGGGGUGUGUGGCCCAGGGGAGUCCACUAGCACAAGCAGACCUGGGAGGACAGGAAAGUCCCCAGGACCCGGAGAAAACUGCCUCAGGGUACUCAAGGACACAGCAGACUCCACAGCUACAUGGCCAUGGAGGGAGCACAGCACUGUUGGGCCUGCAGGUUGUGCAGAGCGUGGCAAAAGAGCUUCAGACACAGUUGCCGUCAGCCCAGAACCCAGAUGCAUGGGUGGAGAGGCCUUGCCAGCAUGGUGACAAAGGGUGGGCAUGUCCACCAGGGCCAUGGGUGGAACAGGUGAGGAGUCUAGGUCAGGGACAGGGCACUUGGGCUGCCGAAAACCCAGUCACACUGGGAGGGAGCCCAGCAGGGACAGGAAGCCUGGUGGCCCAGGGACAAACUCAAGGACAGAAGCAGGGGCAGGUCCAAAGACAUUCUCAGGGACAGGUCCAGGAGCAGAUACAGGGACAGCCCCAGGGACAGGUGCAGAGACAGGUGCAGAGACAGACACAGGGACAGCCCCAGGGACAGGUGCAGGGACAGGUGCAGGGACAGCCCCAGAGACAGGUGCAGAAACAGCCCCAGGGACAGGCCCAGAGACAGCCCCAGGGACAGGCCCAGGGACAGGUCCAGGGACAGCCCCAGGGACAGGUGCAGAAACAGCCCCAGGGACAGACCCAGGGACAGGUGCAGGGACAGCCCCAGAGACAGGUGCAGAAACAGCCCCAGGGACAGGCCCAGAGACAGCCCCAGGGACAGGCCCAGGGACAGGUCCAGGGACAGCCCCAGGGACAGGUGCAGAAACAGCCCCAGGGACAGGUGCAGGAACAGCCCCAGGGACAGGCCCAGGGACAGGUGCAGAAACAGCCCCAGGGACAGGUGCAGGAACAGCCCCAGGGACAGGCCCAGGGACAGGUGCAGAAACAGCCCCAGGGACAGGCACAGAGACAGCCCCAGGGACAGGUCCAGGGACAGCCCCAGGGACAGGUGCAGAAACAGCCCCAGAGACAGGCCCAGGGACAGGUCCAGGGACAGGCCCAGGAACAGGUGCAGAAACAGCCCCAGGGACAGGCCCAGGGACAGGUCCAGGGACAGCCCCAGGGACAGGCCCAGGAACAGGUGCAGGAACAGCCCCAGGGACAGGCCCAGGGACAGGUGCAGAAACAGCCCCAGGGACAGGUGCAGGAACAGCCCCAGGGACAGGCCCAGGGACAGGUGCAGAAACAGCCCCAGGGACAGGCACAGAGACAGCCCCAGAGACAGGCCCAGGGACAGCCCCAGGGACAGAUGCAGAAACAGCCCCAGGGACAGGCCCAGGGACAGGUGCAGAAACAGCCCCAGGGACAGGCCCAGGGACAGGUGCAGAAACAGCCCCAGGGACAGGCCCAGGGACAGGUGCAGAGACAGCCCCAGGGACAGGCCCAGGGACAGGUGCAGAGACAGCCCCAGGGACAGGCCCAGGGACAGGUCCAGGGACAGCCCCAGAAACAGGUGCAGAAACAGCCCCAGGGACAGCCCCAGGAACAGGUACAGAGACAGAUGCAAAGUCAGGCCGAAGGAUGGGUCCAGGGACAGCCCCAGGGACAGGUCAAGGGACAAAUCCAGGAACAGAUGCAAGGACAAGUGCAGGGACAGCCCCAGGAUCAGGUGCAGGAACAGCCCCAGGAUCAGGUGCAGGGACAGCCCCAGGAUCAGGUGCAGGGACAGCCCGAGGAACAGGCCCAAGUACAGGUACAAGGAAAAGUGCAGGGUCAGCCCCAGGGAUGGGUCCAGGGACAAGUUCAGACUCAGCUGCAGGGACAACCCCAGGGACAGGUGCGAGGACAGGCCCGGGUGAGUGGGAUGGCCCCCCAGGCCUGGGAGCAACCCAUUAUUAGUGAGGCUGGAGGAACACCCCCUGCUGGUGGGAGUGAGCGGUGGGUGACCCGCCCACCAGAGAAAGGUCGCCAGCGGGACCCAGCUGCCAAGUGCCUGCCCCAAGAAAGCCAGCGCCCCCAGGGCAAGAGCAGCAGGGCCUCUGCCCGAGAGCCAGCAGAUGGCCCAGCCAUGCCCAUGUCUGGUGCUGGGAGCUGCCAGGGCAAUUGGGCCCUGUGCCAGGAUGGGAUCCAGAGCAAGCCUGGGGCAGAGAGGGGCCUUGGAGGGGAGGUGGAAGCGCCAGAACACGAGCAUCACAGAAGGACAUUGAGCUUGGCCAAGUACAGAGCCCAAAGCUUCAGUGACCAGAGAGCCUUUGAUCUGUCCUUCAGACCAAUGAGCCUCAGAGCUAAUGACACAUUCAACCUCCCAAAGUGACAGCCACAAUUCUAAUGCCUGGCACCUGUCCAUGAGGCCUUAGAUGUUUUCCUGCCUGCAAAUAUGCUUUGAACAUCCCCAUGGAGACAUCUGUUUUCAUCAUCUUUCACUUUGACGUGACCUGAUCCUGGGAGGAUCCAAGUGACCUGGGGGCCUUCUCACUGCACCUACCACCCUCUCAGAACCUGCAGCAGGUCUGCCCAUAGCCCCACAGCUUCUCGUGGCCCUGGAGUUUCCUGCUUUUCCCGCAGGGUAACUAUUUUAAAGCACACCCCUCCCUAAGCCACACCUUGGAGCACAGGGGCACAUGCUGAGUGUGAACAUCUCCCAGGACGUGCAAUGGCCUCUGCGACCUGGCCCAGGGGGCUGUCCGAUAGCACCGCACACCACGGAGCAGCUGGGCUCUCAGCGUGCACAGACAGGACUGAGCGCACUGUUUCUGCAACUUGGCUGUUGCAGCCAAGUAGUUUCCUAAAAUGCCCCAAGCUCCCUGGAGGAUCCUGGGUGCUGUCCACACCUCUGCUCUCUGGCUCCAUGUCUGCCUAGAGACGGGCACUGUCCAUUGCACCUGUGAGAACAGUUUAGCAAGAGCGCCCUACCUGCCACAAGGCUGGGACCACAGGGCCUCUCCUCCCAGGAAGGCCUUCUCCAUGUGCCAGGCUCAUCCUGGGCUUUGUGUGGGGCCAGGCAGGAGACGUGACAUUGUGCACACAGAUGGUGCGGACAUUCCCUUACCCCACCCCGAUCCUCCCCUCUCCAGUUCAACAAUUAAAGAUCAGGCGGACCCUAGAUGAGCUCCCCUACAAGGGCCCUGAAUUCUGGUGUCUGGAAGGAGUGCCCAGUAUGUGCUUGAGCUUGGGAUCUCCAGAGCUGACCUCAGAGGGCACUGGGACCACCUGCAUGCACCUGGGCCACUAUCAGUUUCUGUGUGGUUUGCUGGCUUUUGGCAGCAAAGUUGGUGUCUGUGAUGUCACCUGAGCACUGGGCACCACUCACCUCAUGUGGGUGCUGGUGGUUCAGCCACACUCAGCACAGGUACAGCCUCCUGGGCAGGGAGGCCGCAGAAGGCGGCAUGGCCUUGGCCACAGAGAUCUUAUGCUGAUGUAGCUCAGCCUCUGCUAGCAGCAUGGAGUAUUCCAAGAAAAAGUGGCCCUGGACCCAGCAGCCUUGGGAGCCCCCACAGGAUCAGGUUGGCUCUCCAGAGCUGCCAAACCCAGAAACUCAGGUGCAUCCCAACAGAGGCAGUGCAGGGCCUUUGGACCUGUGAAUGGCACCUGCUCACACCUAGCCGUCUUCCCUGGGGCCGUGUCCCCACCCCAUGGAGCCCUCCCCUAUCUCUUCGCCUACCCCCAGCUCGGUCCACAGGUUUGGCAAAAGACAUGAGGACAGACAUUACUGUCACUGGGCGUCCCCACCCUAAGUCCCUAAGAAACAGCAGGACUUAGGUUGCUGUUUUCAAGUAGACCAGAGGUCCCCUGAGAAUGCAAGUGGAGGCGUAAGUGGAGACAUGUAAGUGCUGAAGGGACGGUCAGAAUCUCCUCCAGAAGGCAAUUCUGGAGAAGCCAAGCCCUGGCUGCUCUCGGACAGCCGGGUGAGCACAGCCUGGGUGGCCAGCUGUCCCCCAUUUGGCCGAGGCCAUCCUUGCAAUUUGCCAAAUGUGGCCCAGUGGGGCACUGCCCUCAGCUCACAAUGCCGGCAGCUCUGCGUGCUGGCCAAACCUGUGACGAACUCUCAAUGAGGAGCAAGUAGUGAGCAGUGAGUUCACUUUGUGCCCAGACCCUGAGAAGUGGGAGACGGCGAGCACAUCGACAUGCCUGCACUGCCAAUGGACUGUUAUCUCCAUACAACAGCCCUCCUGGGCUGAAGUCACUCUUGCCGGACAGUGGUAUGCUAAUCACCCUCACAGGCAUUUCAGAUAAAACCCAAAGAAAAACAAUAAAUAUAAGGAAAGCAGGAUGUUUAUUUUUGCUUUUUAGUUGACUUUUUCGUUCAUGCUUUUGAUUCCGUAUAUUCGAGUAGCCUUUUUACUCACACCCUGCUGCAGAGUUUUACGUCCCUUCUACUGUUCAUGGACCCAUCUUAAGCCACACGUCUGCAAGUGCAGCAGGCAGACCCCUGACACAGACACUGGGGUGGCCCUCAGAGUGGGUGUCCUGCCGGGUCUACCAGAGAAUGCCAUCGUUCAGACUCUUAUAAAUUCAACGUCACUUCCUUAUUGCUUUACUGAAGAUGUCUCUGCCAUUGGAGUUGUGAGCUUCUAAUCAUAUGUUAGGUUAUAGCUGCAUGUUAAGUUGGUCCUAUGUGGAUUCUUCUUUGUAUACAAACAGCUUUAAUGGAUUAGGCAGAAAAAAUUACUAAAUGUAUUUUGCAUUCUCUCCUUUCUAUUUUUACUAACUUCACUCAGCUAGAAAUGUCAAAAAUGGAAAUAAAAUACAUUUCCCAUUAUAAA